AUGUCCCAACUCAUAAGUUGUCUGAAGAUGAUUAAAAGCUGGCGGCCGCGCCGGCUCGGACGCCGCUCAGGUCGGAAGUCCGGAAAGACGGAUGACCUGGAGACCUUCAUCCGCCCCCUGAUCACAUCCUUCAUCACCGACCUAGGCUAUGAAGUAGAACCCAUGACCGACCAGGAACUCCUCCACAACGAUAAAUUCUGGGAAGCUUUAUAUCGACGAGCAGCUGAUAUAGGUGUUCCUCACCCCGAAGGUUCACACGCCUUAAAGUGCCUCCAAGUAGGAGGUUGCUACGCAGUUGUUUGCCUUCCCAACCAUCCACUUGAAGUCCAAGUCUACGUCGGAAUCUACGCCUGGCUCUGCGCCACCAUCGACGACGUCACCGAGCAGUGCCUCCCGGACUUCGAACGCUUCCACGAACGCUACAUCACGGGGCAAGCCCAGCCGACGAUCCUGCUCGAGGCGUGGGCGGGCAUCAUCCGGGGCGCGUACGACCACUACGACGUCGUCGUCGCCAACUUCAUCGCCACCGCCUCCCUCGACUUCCUCAACGCGUGCGUCCUGGAAGCGCGCUCCGAGUUCAAGAGCAUGAAGCCGUCCAAGGGCGGCAACAGCUGGCCCUGGUACCUCCGCAACAAGGACGGCAUCGGCGACACCUACGCCUACUUCACCUUCUGCAAGAGCGAGUGCCCCGACAUCUCGCGCUUCCUCGAGGCGGUCCCGGAUAUGAGCAUGUACAUUGCGCUCACGAAUGAUAUCUUGUCCUUCUACAAAGAAGAAAAAGCCGGCGAGACGAACAACUACGUGAGCCAGAAGUCCUUCUACGACGGCAAGGACGUGCGCGCCGUGCUGAAGGACACCAUCGCCGAGGCCCAGGCCGCCGUGCACCGCAUGCGCGCCGUCACCAAGGGCAAGGGCAUCUACGAGGCGCGCCUCGAGCGCCACAUCGUCGGCUCCAUCGCCUUCCACUUCGUCUGCCCCCGCUACAAGCUGACGCAGUUCUGCGCCCCCGUGCAGGAGGAGGACGUCCAUGAGAAGAGGUCGACGUGCUCGAGCAAUUAG